ACCACCACCACCACCACUACCGUUAUUAAAAGGAUAAUUCAAGUUUGUAUAUAUAGCGAACCGUGGGAUCUCCUCUUUGUAUACAAUAGUAAUGCUCGCAACCGCGUGAAAGUCGACUUGAAAAAGAGGAAGAAUAAAAGGAAAGCAGCAGGUUGUGGCAUACUAUACUUCAACAAUCAGUAACGUUGUAAUAGUUAUGCGGCUUCUAUUAAGAUAAGGAAAUUCCGAAUUUCAUUACUAUAUCAUAAGAGCGUGAUGUGGGUAGAGAUGCCCACAGCCCGGGGUAAAUGAUGUUCGUGAAAGAUCCCUGUGGUAUCGUCUGCAUCAUCAUUACUUACGUCGCCGUAUUCUACGCUGAUUAUGUCGUCAUCAAUUGGAUCAUCCUGCAUACCAUGCAGGACAGUUUAUGGGGUCCAUUUCAUGUCAUCACUUUCAAUACAGUGGUAUUACUGCUGAUGAUGUCCCAUUUGAAAGCAGUAUGUAGUGAUCCAGGAGUGGUACCUCUGCCACAAUCAAGAAUGGACUUUUCUGAUAUUCACACAGGUAGCUCUGGGGGAGAUGAUUGUGACGAGAGAGAUGAUUGGACAGUUUGCACUAGGUGUGAAACUUACAGACCACCUAGGGCUCAUCAUUGUAGAAUUUGUAAAAGGUGUAUUAGAAAAAUGGAUCAUCAUUGUCCAUGGAUAAAUAAUUGUGUGGGAGAAAGAAAUCAAAAGUACUUUAUGCAAUUUUUAGUAUAUGUUGGUACUCUAGCUUUAUACGCAAUAGUUUUAGUUAUUCUAUCUUGGGCAUUUGAUUGUCCACAGUGUAGCAAUGACAUGGCAAUAAAACAGACUCGCAUCUUACAUUGUGUGAUAUUAGUAUUAGAAUCAGUUUUAUUUGGGCUUUUUGUCAUAGCAAUUCUAAUAUAUCAAUUUCAAGCUAUCUUUGAUGAUGAAACUGCAGUUGAAAGAGUUCAAGGGGUCCACAGUCAUCAUAAGAAUGUACAUGCUUUUACAUUACUUGCCCAAGUUUGUGGCAAAAGUCAUCCAAUAUUCUGGCUGCUUCCAUGUCAUAAUCCGCCUCGUUAUUCUUAUAGACGAGAUGAUCACCUACUUGAUCAUCAAGUUUGAUGCAACGUUUGUUUUGCAAGUAUUCUUAAGACAAUUAGAUAGCUAUUUUUGUUUGAUUUUUAUAAAGAAAUAAUGCUCCAAUAGGAUUAAUUAUUUAAUUAUUGGUUCUACAGUAAUUUUCUUACAUAAAUACUUUUAUAAAUUAUCAUACAUUGAAAUUUACUGAAAACACAAAUAUCUUUUAAUACAAUUUUAUAGCCAAUUGAUAAAUGAUUUAAUUAAUUAAAAUUUUGCCAAAUAAAAAAUAUAGAAGUGAAAGUAUAUAAAUAAUAAUAUGAACAUAGAUUCAUAUAGUAUAACAUUUUGUAUUUAUAUUACCAUUUAUUUUUUGAUAUCUUUGUAAAACUUACA